AAGGGGGGGGGGGGGGGGGGAGAGAAAAGGUGAUAGAGGCCAAGAUGGCGGCGGCCGAGGAGGAUCCCGCGCGGGAAAAUGGCAGCGCGGACAGGAGGGCCGCGAAGGGCGGCAAACAACCUCAGCGUUUCAUCCCGGGCUCCGUCGUUCGAAUCUUUAUGAAGAAUUUCCUAAUAUAUGAUAGCUGUGAAGUAUAUCCAGGGCCCAACCUGAACGUGGUUGUAGGUGCUAAUGGAACAGGGAAGUCAAGCAUUGUUUGUGCCAUCUGCCUGGGACUGGCUGGGAAACCUUCUUUCAUAGGGCGGGCCGAUAAGGUUGGUCUCUUUGUAAAGCAGGGAUGCACGAAAGGUUUAGUGGAAAUUGAACUGUUUAAGCCACCAGGCAAUAUUAUUAUCACCCGUGAGAUUCAAGUGGUGAACAACACAUCAUCGUGGUGGAUCAACAGAAAGCCAGCAACCCUGAAAACAGUAGAAGAACACAUUGCAGCUUUGAACAUCCAGGUGGACAAUCUGUGCCAUUUUCUUCCUCAGGACAGAGUUGGAGAAUUUGCAAAACUGAGUAAGAUCGAAUUGCUUGAAGCCACUGAAAAAUCGAUUGGUUCUCGAGAAAUGUACCAGUUCCACUGCGAACUAAAAAGCUUCCGAGAAAGGGAAAGAGAACUGGAGCACUUGUGCAGAGAAAAAACUAACUCAUUGGAGAAAAUGAAACAGAUGAUUGAACGAUACAAGCAAGAUGUUGACAGAUACCUAGAGCACAAGAGCCACAUAGAUUUGAUAGAGAUGCUUGAGAGGAAAAGGCCUUGGUUGGAAUAUGAAAGUGUUCGUAUGCAGUAUAUGGAAGUGAAACAGCGCAGAAACAAAGCCAAGAAAGACCUGGAGAUUCUGAAAGAAAAACAGUUCCCAAGGGCAAAAAAAAUCCGAGAAGCUGAAGAAAAUUUGAACAGUCUGGAUUUGAAAACAAGAGAUAAUACUGCUAAAAUCAUAGAGAUUUCCCAGAGAAUUAAACAGAAGCAAGAUGCUUUGGAGAUGAAAGAAAAAAAGAUUGAAGAAAUUAAACAAGCACUGAGAAUGAAAAAAGAUGAAGAAAUGGACAGACAGAAGAAAAUACACACUACUCAGGAGAUAAUAGAGAUGUGGAAGAAUGAACUGAAUACAAUGACAGUAUGUGAGAAUCUUCAGCCACAAAUUGAUGCUGUUAAUAAUGAACUGAAAAAAUUACAAGAAGAAAGGACAAAUAUCGAUAGUGAUGUCAGUGAUCUAAGAGCAGAGAAAAGGAAUCAAGAGAGAGAAGAGAAAAGAAUAAUUGAUCACCUUGGAAAACUUAAUAAUAUAAUGAAAAUGAAGGAGGAGAACCUUAAAGGGAGAUUCCUGGACACAUACUCUGCUCUUACGUGGCUAAGAAAGAACAAAGACAAGUUUAAAAAAAAAGUUUAUGAACCCAUGAUGCUUGAAAUCAAUCCAAGAGACAGUAGACAUGCUAAAUAUAUUGAAAACCACAUUUCAAGCGAUGACAUGAGGGCUUUUGUUUUUGAGAGUCAAGAAGAUAUGGAAGUGUUUCUUGUAGAGAUACGUGAUCAUCAGAAACUAAGAGUGAAUGCUGUAUGCGCACCUGCUGCAUCAUGUGCUGAAAGCCUCCCUUCAAGACCUAUUGAGGAAUUACACCAGUAUGGAUUUUUCUCAUAUUUACGAGAGUUAUUUGAUGCUCCUCGUCCUGUGAUGAGUUAUCUAUGUUACCAGUAUCAUGUUCAUGAGGUUCCUGUGGGAACAGAGAAGACCAGAGACAUGAUUGAAAGGGUCAUACGAGAAACCAAAUUUAGGCAAAUAUACACAGCAGAAGAAAGAUAUAUUAUUAAAGUAUCUUCUUAUACAAAUCGAACCCUCUCUACUAACACAUUCCUGAGGGCAGCACAGUUUCUCAGUGGUUCUGUGGAUACAGAUGAAAGAAGGCAGUUGGAAAACCAACAACAGGACAUCAAUAACAUGUCGAAGUCAUUGGAUAUGCGUUUGACUGCGUUGUUUGAGAGACAGAAACAUCUGGAACACAGAGACAAUGAGCUCAGGCAACAGAAGAAGGACCUUUUAGAGAGAGGAAACAGAAGGAGACAAUUGGAAUCAAAAAUUGCUUUGAAGUAUGAUAGUUUAAGACAGCUGGAACAAGAUGCUAUUGAUAUAGAGAAGGAAUCUCAACUGGCAAAUCUAAAGAUCAAAGAAAUAAAUAAGCAGAAAGCAGAACUUGUUACUGAGUUUAUGCAUCUCACAAAGGAUAUCAUUCCACUGAGCAUCCUCAAGGGGAUUUUGACUCUUCGAAGGAGUAAGGUGAUUGCUGAGAAGGCCAAACUAGAAUCAGAGUAUAAACCAGGAACUGUACAGCUAAAAGCUGCAGAGCAAUGGUUUCAUGAACUGGAUGAUAAGAAGCGAGUUCUUUAUGAGAACUGCAAGGAGCUGUUGAAGCAAGCUCGACAGGUCUGCAAAUUGAGUCCAGAUCAAGAUUUUCCAAGAGAAUUGCAAAGUAGUUUUCAGGCUCUUCCAAACACAUUGGAGGAAAUUGAUGCUCUUCUGAACGAAGAGAAGACCAGGGCCUCCUGUUUCACAGGCCUGAAUGCUUCGGUUGUUGAAGAAUACAAUAAGCAAACACAAGAAAUACAGCAGUUGACAAAAUAUCUAGAGGAAAAGAAAAAUGAAUUGAAUAACUAUAGGCAAAACAUUUCACAGGUCAAAGAAAGGUGGCUAAACCUCUUGAAAGGCAUGAUUGAACAAAUUAAUGCUAAGUUCAGUAAGUUCUUUAGUUCUAUGCAGUGUGUUGGUGAAGUUGAUCUUCAUGUGGAAAAUGAGGAGGAGUACGACAAGUAUGGGAUUCGCAUUAGAGUCAAAUUCCGCAGUGGCACUGAACUUCAUGAAUUGACUCCAUAUCAUCAGAGUGGAGGUGAGAAGAGUGUUUCCACUAUGUUGUACCUGAUGGCUCUACAAGAACUCAACACAUGUCCUUUCAGGAUUGUUGAUGAAAUAAAUCAGGGAAUGGAUCCAGUGAAUGAGAGAAGAGUUUUUCAAAUGGUUGUUGAAACUGCUUGUAAAAAAAAGGCAUCUCAGUACUUCCUCAUUACACCAAAGCUCCUGUGGAAUCUCACUUACAGUGACAAGAUGACUGUGCUGUUUGUCUACAGUGGACCUUUUAUGGUGGAGUCAAAAAAAUGGAACACAAAGUAUUUCAUGAAGCGAAGACGGCGACUGUCAAGGAUGGCUGAACAGUGUAUAGCUACAGAUAUGUAGCUAUACAUAUAUAAAAUGUUUCUGUAGACCUUUUUUGAAACAUUUGGCUUUCAAGACUCCAGAAGUUGUAAAAGAGGAGAACCUGCAAAGAAUUGAUAAUUAAGAAUGUGAAUCUUAAAAUUUACACAAAUGUAUGACAGAUUUGAAGUGCAUGAUUUCUUUUUGAAACCUAUCAUAGUGGUCACUUUCUGUGAAGAACUUACUUUUUCUCAAUGGUAGGUUUAAAUAAAAAAGGAAAUUUCUUGUAUUUUUCUGGGUUUUUUUCAGUAAUGCAGCAUCAGAAGUACAGUUAAUUUUUCUAUGUUAUACUGGACUGAUUCUAUUACUGUUGUUUUUUGGAGUCUGGGUUCUUUUCCCCAAAAAUUGCAAUUAGCUUUCAGAAAUAGUCUUCAUUUACCACAGAUAUGGAUGUUAUCUAAAGUUCACCUAUUGAAAUGUAACCUUUUUUAAUUAGUUCAGAUGAUCUGUAGGAAGAGAACGAUUUGUAAGUAGCUGAGCACUGGGUUUUUUUUUUGUGAAAAUACACCUGAACUUAAUAUAAAGAAUAUGGUUCUAUGAAUGUAUUACUGUUGAGUAAAUACUUUAUAAUCAUUAUUUAUCAUCUUUGACAUAAUGUUUCAUUUUGUAGUCCUCAAGGGAUAAGGUCACAAAAUCACAAAUAUUUGACAGAAGAGCUAAAAGAGUGUGGAAACUUGAGCUCUGGUCCGGGGUUUGGGUUGGUCAGCAGAGUAUCCUCAACAUAAUUAAAACUGCAGGUCUGUCUGUCUGUCCAGUGUAUUGCAGGGUCUUUGUUUUAUAUGUGUUCUUUGAUAGACAAAAUACUUCACUUCUUGUAACCCUGAAUUUUUAAGGUGGUUGUUUUGUUACAUUUUUCAUUUUUAUUUUUAGGGAGUUGUAAAAACAUUCUGUUUAGUCUCUGAGCAUCACUGUAUGAAAAGUGCAGUUUUUCAGUGUCUAAAUAAGUGAAACUAUUUACACGAACAUGUGUUAGACUUGGUUCUUCUGUGACUAGAGAGCACUAUCUGUUCUUAAUGCUGUCAUCUUAGAACUUCAUGGGAUUUCUUCUUUGAUUUUGGUUCCUUUCUCACGUUUCAAACUGAGGUAGGAAAUAGAAGUGACUUAUUUCAAGAGGAUGACACUUCAGAUCCUGUCUCAAAAAAUUACCUCUUGUGGAUACAUGGCUGCCACACUGCACAAGUGAAGAGGUGUUUGUCUUUUCCUUAAAGCCAUUGACCACAGGUGCUGAUUUCAUUCUAUCUUACUGCAAUCUUAAUACAAUACUGUCAUUCAUAUUAACUUACCCUAGGCAGUGUAAUGAGCUGCAAACCUCCACUGUCAUGGUACUAACAAAUAGAUCUUCAGUGUCCAGCAGCUCUCCUACCUGAGGCCUCUGAAGGAGGUCUGUAUAUGGAAGCAGGCAUUGCUGUUUGCAGUGGGCCGCACAGCAUGGCUGUGUCCUCCCAUACACUGGGUCCUGUUAGUCACCUGCUGAUUUGUGUGAGAGGUGCAUCCAGAGACCUUCUGGUGUAAAAGGGUGUAUUCAAACUUGAAAAUCUACGUGGAGUCGCCAAAUGUAACUGCACUGUUACAGAGCAUUCUCUACCAGCUAACAGGGCCCUUCUGUGCUGCCAGCUUCCUCAUGCUUUGCUACUGACAUUCAGCUCUUGCUAUAAAAACCCAUGGAAUUGAUUUCAAUGUAACUUUGAGGAGGGGAGAAUGAGUGGGAGUUAAGGUUAAAUAUACAUGUGAUAUCCAACUUUCCCUGCUGACUAGACAGGACCUCCCAGAAAUGUAGAAGUGGAAAGACCCCAAAUAGUCUUAACAGCUGAUGUAUAAAUUGAGCUUUCUCAAAAAAUAGGUGCUCCGUUGUUUAGACCAGCUGAAGACUAGGGCAAAGAUCUUCUUCCACCACCAUCUGCAGUUCUAACAAACUAACAAACAUCUUUCUCUGCUUAUGUCUUGCAACAGAGAGAAAGAGCAUGGAAAUUGUGACUUACUGAGAAAUAAAAAGAUCUUGGGAAAAAAAAGGCAUUUGAUACAACAUGUACUUGUACAGGUACAUUAUUGUUAUUUAGGAGAGAUUGCUUAGUCAAAACAACAAAUUACAAUGAGGAGAGACCCUUGCACCACUACACUGCUUUUAACAUGCUUAGAUGAAGCUUAGUUUUGUACUGGAAAUAAAAUAAAUGUGUCCUGACAAAGUUGUUCCUGACUGGGAACAUCUGUUCUCCAAGUUUUUAGAGUUAGUGAGAGAUGACAGAGCUGGGCUGGGCUUGCAGGAUGCUUACUGAGAAUUAUGGUAGAUGCUUUAGAGGCUGGGAUAGGCACCUGCUCCAGGCCUCAUAGCAAGUGGUACUUAGAGUUAACACUACUAGAGGCUUUUGUCUUUGAUUUAUUCCAAGAUGCCUUCUCUUCCUCUCGAAGUAAAAUUCUCCAGUUGUCCAGUCUUUCUUCUGUUGAUCUAUUUGUUACCCCCACCAGGCCAGUGGGUUUUUUUGACAGAUGUACUGCUUUGGGCUGGGAUAAAGUUAAUUUUCUUCAUAGUAGCUUGUAUGGGGUUAUGUUUUGGGUCUGUGACCAAGAACACUGUUGGUAAUGUAGGGAUAUUUUAGCUAUUGCUGAGCUGUGAUUGCACUGCAUUGAGUCCUUUCCUGGUUCUUGCACUGCCCCACUAACACAAGAAGUUUAUAAGAAGUUGGGAGGGGACACAGGUAGGACAGCUGACCCCAGCUGGAGAGAGGGCUAUCUCAUGCUGUAUGAUAUUGUCCUCAGCAGUGAAAGCCAGGGGAAGAAGGAGGAAGGAGGGACAUCUGGAUUACAUCUUCUCAAGUAACCACUGUGUGGGAUGGAGCCCUGCUUUUCUGGAGGAAUAGCAAUGCUUGUCUGUUGAUGGGAAAUAGUGAAUGAAUUCCCCGUUUUGCUUUGCUUGUGCAUGCGGCUUUCGCUGUAGCUGUUAAACUGUCUUUAUCUCAAUCCACGUGUUUUUUCAUUUUUACCCUUCUGAGUCUCUGGCCCAUCCCACUGGGGGAGGGUGAGCAAGUGGCUGCCUGGCACUGACCUGCUACCUAGGAUUAAUCUCAAAAUGUGACAUUAUGCCCUUCAUUAUUGCACCUGGAGCUACAUAAAAUGGUGGCAAAUGUCUUUGCUCAUUGUGUACUCAGAAGAGCAAGUCACCUGCUCACAGGAAAGCAUGGAUAUGAGAACAUGGCAAGUUAGCUGGAAAGGAAUGACAGAAUUCACUUUGUUGGGGAUAAGGAACCAUGCACAGUGGCAGUCAGAGCUGAUUUUGCAAGAAGAAAGAAGGAGGGAACAGAUGGUAACUCAGGGUGGCAGAAGAUAUCAAGGAGCCUUGGAAAAGAACAAAGAGCAGAAGAGGGCACAGGUAAUGUGCAACAUGAAUGGUUCAAAGCAAAUCAGGAUGAUGUAAUUUAAAAGGGAAAAGUCUCCAAUUCCCCCUUCCCCAAUUUGUAACCAAAGCUGUAGACUGAACAGUAUGCAGCUUGAUCUUAACUGCAGUCCAUUAGCACUGGUUUGCCUCAGUUUGUGUCAUGUAAUAGCUUUUUCAUGGAAAAUAAAGGGUUUUUUUGACUGUU